GUGCGCAUUUUAAAUGCCGCUAAUUUCAUUGUAACCUUCAUAGAGCAUAUUUAGCGCAAAAUAAUACUACUUGUAACCUACAUAAUCUUUAUCUCAUAAAACCUGUGAUAAUGCCAGAUGUUAAGCUGAACUUGGUAGUUGCCAUGUGCAACAACAGGGGCAUUGGUAUAAACGGUCAAUUACCUUGGAGGUUAAGGGGAGAUAUGAAUUUUUUCAAGAAAAUUACAUCAGAAACAAAAGACCCAGACAAGAAAAACGCUGUCAUUAUGGGAAGGAAAACAUGGUUCUCUAUACCAGAGAAGUUUAGACCACUUGCCAACCGAAUAAAUGUAGUUCUCAGUAGAGAAAUGAAAGAUAGUCCAGAUGGAGCUCAUAUAUCUAGAAGUCUUGAAGAUGCUUUGAGUCUUCUGUCGACUCCACCUUUGUCAGAUAAAGUGGAGAGCUUGUUCGUCAUUGGUGGAAGUGCAAUAUAUGAGAUGGCUCUGAAAUCUCCCCAGUGUCAUAGAAUCUACUUAACCAGAGUGAUGGCAGACUUUGAGUGUGACACAUUCCUACCAGACUUUGCACAAGACAAGUUUGCUAUGGUCAGGUUGAGACCCAUCUGUUUCAAGUGAUAUGCAGACAGAGAAGGACAUUAACUAUCAGUUUGAAGUCUAUGAAAAGGUAGACUAACAUCAAUAACUGUACAUGCAAACCAAAGAAGAAUCUCAAGACUCUUAUGAACAUUACAGUACAGAAGUUGCAACAAGCACUGUGACAAAAUAAGAAACUUAAUGUGGGCUUCCUGAAAGAGUUCUUAUGGGCACUAAGAAAAGUAAUUGUGGAAUCCUAUAAUAAGUGUGGACUUUUUGAUUGUGAUAGCCUGAUUAUGUCUGAUUUUGUACUUUUGUACUUUUUGCAUCUGAUUGUUUCUGAGUAGAUGUUAAUUAAAUGGGAAUUUUAUGUAGAUUAAGUUUUAGUGUGACAAACAACCAUGAUAAUGUUUUUUUAUGGCAGCUGAAAAUUUAUGCAAAAGAAUUAGGCUUGGAAUAAAAGUCUUUUUGUAUGACU